GCCAUCACCAUCACUCAAACGAAAUUCUACGAGUACAACUCUGCUGCUGCCACCACCGUACAAAGACUCGACCAAACUAAAAACGAAUGCUCUCCUGCACUCACCUCCUUCGCCGUCGCUCCCUCCUCGCCAUCCCGACAACCCGACCAUAUAGCGCCCUGGGACCGACCCCCUCGCCCCCCCGCCUUCCCCCGGAAGCCCAAAGGGAGUUUGAAGCUCUCCAAAAAGCUGCGCGUGACUCCUUCAAGACUUCCACCUCUUCCGCCGCCCCGGCGAUGGCUGACGCGACGGCGGAAGACAUGCUGCACCCGGAUGUAAGGCGUGGGGCAAAGCCGGAGUUUGAAGGGGAUCUUAACCCGAAGACAGGAGAGCGGGGUGGACCGAAGAACGACCCGUUGAGGUAUGGGGAUUGGGCAUUUAAUGGGAGGGUUAGCGAUUUUUGAAAGGUACGGGGGGGACGGGACGGGACGGGGUCGUCUCAAGAAGUUUGGGCGAGUAGAAGGGAUUGAUGGAGGGAGGGGUGGAAGAACGCUGCGCUAUGCUAUGUUGUGGCGGCACUAUAUUGUAAUGAAUUGAAACGGGCCCGGUUCGGCUCAAUUCAAGUAAAUACCGGCGCACUGCUACCCCCUCCGGGCAGGCUAUGGAUGGGGGCUUCGGAGUUGUCUUCAUGUGCUCCACUGUUGAUCUCUCAAUCGUACAGUAAAGCAGCUGUCUCACCCUCACACAUGGUCUUAUUACCUUUUUGCCUUUUCUGAGAACAAAUGAGUCCAUCAUCACU